AUGUAUCAUUGUGGAAUGCGGCCAGUAGGAGAGAGGCAUGUUCCUUAUAAAGUGGAUUUGAUGGUGUGGAGCAACCGGCUCGACUUAUUAGCCUUAAGCAAUUUCAAAGGUGAAGUUCAAGUACAUAGGCUCCAUUGGCAAAAAGUGUGGAAUUUAUCUCCUCCUAAGGAAAAUGUUACUGUCCAAGCAAUGGCUUGGCGCCCCGAUGGAAAGGCUCUAGCAAUUGGUUACAGUUCAGGGGUUGUAUUUAUCAUUGAUAUAGAAGAUAAAGAAGAACUUGACAGGUAUGAGUUGGAGCAAGAAGAUGAGGAUGCAUUUGAUCCGAGUAAACAUGGUAUCACUUGUUUAUCUUGGGCAGUCAGGACAGAAAUUUUGGAGAGUGCUACAGAACCUAAUAUUUAUGAUGAUGCUUCAUUAUUCCUACAAAGCUUACCUGUAGUUGGUGAAUACAAAAACCAAGGAACUGAUGAAAACCCUAAAGACUUAAAAGAAAUACCUGCUGCAAAUCAGCUGAAUAUGUUAUUAGUUGGGUAUGGAUCUGGAUACAUUUAUAUGAACAUUUUUGGUAGAUAUCCAUUUGGUACUAUACAUCUUGCUCAACUAGCCAAAGAUGAAUUUGGGGGAUACAAGAUACUAGACAUCUGCAUGUCUGACGACUUUAGUCUAAUGCAAAUAGCCUACAUUGAUUGCUUGACCAAUAAUCUGUUUAUAUCACUAAUGAAUACAAGUGUGUUGUCUGCAUAUGCUGAAGAAAUGUACAUAGUUGCAAAGAAACAUAGUGAAAUUGCAAGGUUAGUGUCACAAUUGGACCAGACCAUGAUUUCGAUUAUUGAGGCAUGGGAGCAUAUUUUACUGGAAAUGGAUACCAAAAUGGCUGAUUAUGCAGCUGCAGUACCUGAAGGUGGUGUCUCUGCUGAUUUAUUGGAAUUACUGAUGUUAGGAACACCAUCAGAUGAAUUAGAGGUUUGCUUACUUCAGAAACUGACAGUUAAUGAUUUGAAAAAAUUCGGAAAUUCAAUUGAAUUGAGUUAUUCAACAAUACAGAAAUUAGUCUUAAAGCAACUGAAUAUAGUUGGGCAAAGCCUGACUUAUUAUCUUUCCGAACUCAGAGGAUUAACCAGAAUACCAGAUAGAUAUAAGGUGAUUGGCAUAGAUGAAGGUGACGUUACAGAGGCAAUAAGAGCUUGUUGCGCGUUUCUGAACAAAUGCCUCGAAUUGCAACAAGUAAUAGAUACAUCCAUGCGUAAUUAUAAAGCUUUUUUUAGGUGGCUUUUUGUUGUGAUAGUCCGAUUACUUGGAGAACAAACACCCAGUGAAAUUGUAAAAAUCACUCAACAAGAACUUGGUCAUAUUGCUGAAUUCUUAUACAACUUUGAUAAUGUACAAGUAGAAAGCAGUGAAAGUUUACCUGACAAACCUGUUAAAUUUAAUUUAGAAAGACUAGGACAAUAUUUGGAAGACCAAGAUUUGACGAUCUUGCCAGAUGAUGAAGAUAAUCCAUGGCACAAAUUUCUCAAAGAUAAUGCUUGUCUACUGAAAGACAGCGACACAAUUUUCUCUUUGUUCGAGUUCAAAAAGUUUUCUCUUGUUCAACAACAAAAUCAUUUAAAAACUACAAUAGGACAGAUCUUUGAUGUCGCGAAAAAGGACACCUGCAAAUAUUUUUCUUUACUGUACAACAUUAAAUGCUAUGAGGACCACAGCAACAGCAAGCUCAUAGAAAAUUUACGAAUUUGUCAAACUUACCAUGCUGACGCAAAUAGAUUUUUAAUGGCCUUUAUGGAUAAAACAAAUGAAAUAGAGGGACUCCAUUUCAUGACAGUCAAUAUUAAAGAAAAGGCGUGUACUGUAAAUGCAAUGAAGUACUACUUCUCAUCAUGUUUAGUUGCAGACAAUGAUACCAUGGAUAAUGAUAAUAUUCCUAUUAUGGAUUUACAGUUUUAUUCGCCUGAAUAUUUCUCAGUGCUUACACAACAUCCACACAAUGAUGCAAGUGCAAUAUUUAUUCAAGUUCCAAUUAAAAUAGCAUUAGAGAAUUCGGUUGAAUGCAAUAUAAAAACAAAGUUGUAUUUAUUCAAUGAUAAGAUCAUUAAGAAGAACAUGUCGCCUUUGCUUGAACCAGGAGUAUACAAAGUGUUGGAUAAGCUUGAUGGUUUUCGAAUAGCUGUAUCUGGUGGUCGCAAAGUAGCCGUGGUUUUAGCAAAAAGUCUAAGAAAAGUACGCGUAUUCGAGAUGGAAGUUGACGGCGAGGAUGAAGAAGAUGAAAUAUUAGACACGACACCCCAAUCACUCAAUACCACAGAUCAGUCUAUUGCUGACAAACACAAUGUUACACCAGCUGAUGCAACAUUUUAA